UAGAGGUGUCGAAGUAUCAAAUAGAGAAAGGAAGGGGUACAAAGUGCUAAAACUGAACUAGACGAGGGGUAAAAGACAAAUAUGAUUUCUGUGUGAGAAGUUCGGGGAAGCUCUUCUGCUACUGGGAACUGGGUAGCCAAGGGUUUUGCCAGAAGCCAUGGAAGCAGCAAAACGCAAGCGAAAAUCUGCCGAAUAUGAAGAUGAUGAAUAUGAAACCUUCAGACCGCCGCCUCCAUCCUCCACCGCGACAAACGGCGGCAUCGACCUUUCACUACUCGAAGCCCUAGAAAAAUCUCAACAAAACCCCGUGGAAGCUCUCGAUCUCAAAACAGUGAAAAAACUCGUCCUUUCAUUCGAACGCCGUCUUAAGGAAAACAUUGCUGCCCGUCUCAAAUACCCGGACCAACCCGAGAAGUUCGCGGAUUCCGAAGUCGAGCUCCAUGAAGAAAUCGAAAAGCUUAAAAUCGUCGCCGGAGGCCCAGAGUUUUACCCGGAACUUGUCAAUCUCGGCACCGUUGCUUCAAUCACCAGUCUGCUCAAUCACGAAAACACAGAUAUUGCUAUUGACGUUGUCGGCUUAUUACAAGACCUAACUGACGAGGAUGUUCUCGAGGACAACGACGAGCCGGCGCAAGUGUUAGUUGAUGCAUUGGUCGAGAACAAUGCGUUAGAAUUACUCGUUCAGCUUCUAGGAAAAUUAUCCGAUUCCGAUCCCGACGAGUCCGCCGCCAUUUACAGUAUACUCGCGACUAUUGAGAAUUUCAUUGAAGUGAAAACCUCGGUGGCUGAGCUAGUAUGCGAAAGGACGAAGUUAAUGAAGUGGUUAUUGACAAGGAUAAAAGUUAGAGAAUUUGAUGGAAACAAGCAGUAUGCAUCGGAGAUUUUGGCGAUUCUGUUGCAGAGCAGCACGGGGAAUCAGAAGAGAUUAGGGCAAUUGAACGGCGUGGAUGCGUUGUUACAAGCUGUGGCAAUGUAUAAAUCAAAGGACCCUAAGUCGCCAGAUGAGGAGGAGAUGGUGGAGAACUUGUUUGACGCGUUGUGCUGUUUGUUAAUGCCGUUGGAGAAUAAGGAGAGGUUUGUGAAAUCUGAAGGAGUAGAAUUGAUGAUCAUUAUAAUGAAUCAGAAGAAAAUGUGUUAUGGGUCGGCUAUAAGGGCUUUAGAUUUUGCUAUGACUAAUUAUCCUCCAGCAUGUGAGAGGUUUGUGGAUGUAAUGGGGUUAAAGACUGCUUUUCCAGCUUUCAUGGGUAAGAUACCUCUGAGCAAAAAGAACAAGAAACGCUACAAAGAAGAACUGGAAGAGCGUCUUGUAUCACUAGUUGCUUCCUUAUUUGGAGGAAUCUUGAGAGGUUCUAGAAGGGAUAGAUUGUUAAGUAAGUUUGUGGAGAACGAGUGCGAAAAAAUUGACAGGCUUAUGGAACUCUACAUGAGAUAUUCCAAUAGAGUGAAACUUGAGGCUGAACGGUUUGACCAGCUAGAACUUGAUGAUUUUGAGAUGGAUGAAGAUGAGAAGUACAAUAGGAAAUUAGGAGCUGGACUUUACACUCUUCAGUUGAUAGCUGUUAUCCUGGGUCAUCUUUGGACCUCUGAGCAUCCUCGUAUCAGAGCAAGGAUUGAACUUUUGCUAAAGCAACAAAAGCUGACCAAGCAAGACGUACAAGAUAUACUUCAGGAAUAUCAUGACAACAUAGGAGAUCUGGAAGGGCCAGAAGAGAAGGAGAGGGCACAAUCCAAGAUUCAAAGGUUCAUCUCGGCCUUUUGACCCGUGAUAUGGUUCAACAGUAAGAGCACAAGUUUUAUCCUUAGAAUGGUGUGUCGACUCUGGCUAUUUGAAAAGCGCAUUGAGAAUUUAUAUGCUGAGUUAUCUACAGUUGGUCACAUCACUGUAUUCGUUCAUGUAAUGUGUAAAAGCUCAGAGCUGUCAUCAGUUAUUGAGGGUUAACAUUUUUGGCCGAAUUUGUUUGUAUUGAAUGCAAGUGUAAUUUGCAAUACUUCAAUUAGUCGUUUUACCUAGUGUAAGUGUAGUGCUUUGUGGAGCUUGUCAGUAUGCUGCAGAGAGCUUUCACCA